AAAAAUGAGAAGUUUGAUUUGCCAAAAGUAGCGAGAUCAAAACGUGGAAUGUGAAAAAUCAUUUUUAAUUUUCAUAUUCAGUGACCCUAAUGGCAAUAAAAAAUAAAAAUUGAAAAUGAUCCGAAAAUUGAUCCGAAAAUGAUCCGAUUUUUCGGAUCACGGAUCACGAAUCAUUGAUCCGUGAUUCGGAUCACAUUAAAGUUUGUGAUUCGUGAUCCGUGAUCCGAAUCAUUUUUUCAUGUGUGAUCCGUGAUCCGUGAUCCGUGCCUGACCCUGCCAAUCCUGAAUCGCGUAGACCACGUGUUUCUCCGGGAGUGAAGGCUCUGAUUGGUCAGUUGCCUGGCUGGAGGUGAAAACUCUGAUUGGUCGAAUUUCUCCGGAGGUGAAGAAUUUUUGCUUCACGAGUUUCCGAUCCUGUUUAUAUUUAUAUCUAUGGGUGUGAUGAACGAAAUUCUACAUAAAUGAGUAAUUAUUCGCGAUAGUGUUUUAAAGAAUUCAUUAAGUGAAGUCUAUUUUAUUUUCUACCUACUGUUCUUUUAUUUGAUGCAGUAGGCCUAGAUAUAAUUUGUUACAUGCUACACAAUAAAUUCAAGUGGUCACGAUUUCCAGACAUUUGAGUAAAAACGUCGUGAGCUGUGAACAGACGAUUUGUUGCUAUUGCUAUUCCUACGUCGAAUUUCUUCCAGAGUACCUACCUACCUACUACCAUGAACCGUAACAGGAAAGUCAAUUUCAAGGAAUUGAACGAAAGUGACUUCGUAACAUUCCUCGAUAAAUAUUUCGUCGAUUUUGAGGACAAUCUGCGAUGUAACAAUUUUGGUAAUAUGAACACACUGCUGAUUAAAAAUAUCAUCGAAAAAUUUGGCAAGAUAUUCCAACUGUGGGAUGAGAACAGAUUCCUUCAAGCUUCAAUCGACAAGAACUUCUUCGAAAAUAUUCACAAAUUGAUGCAGUAUGCUUUCAACGUUAAUGAUCAUCGUCGCAAUGAACCAACUAAUUAUUCUGAUGAUUUUACGUUGGAAUGUAAUCAUUGCGGAGAUGCCUUCCCUUUGCGUAAUAAAGAUUGUCAGUAUUCCUUCGAGUUGCACGAAAUAUCCAAGGAACAUACAGAAUUCCUUAGGAAUUUGAAUAAUACAGAUUCCGAUACAUCAUCUUCAUCGUGCCAUGAUUCAGACAACGAGAUACAAACUGAUCCUACGGUAUCCGUUGGUGGAUCUGAUUCGAAGGAUGAUUGCUCUUCAGACGAUCAAGUUGAACACAGAUUGCAACCGAUUCGAUGGCCUUUGACGCGAAUUAACGAUGGGACUAUUAAGCACAUCGACGAAGGACUACGACUAUCUUCUAAAUUGGCGGAAGUUAGCAUCGUGAAAGAAAUACCCGAAGCUAAGCGUAUGCGUAUUACUCCUACUGAAAAAUCCGCUGCAGGAAGCAAAUUUAGGGGUACACCAGUCAGAGACCAGAUAUCAAUUUCAACUUCAAAUAACGACGAUGGCCUUUCGAUUUCUGAAUUUGAUACGAGUUGUAUUAUUUUCAAAAACAACCGGCUCCGAUGUAAAAUUUGCUCCGUUUCACUCUCUCAUGAAACAUGUGCGAUUGAUCAUAUGAAAGGGAAACCUCAUUCGUAUAGAACUAAACUUUACGAAUCGUAUGGCAGUUUCUUGAAGGAGACUGAUGACAAUAAAAUGCAGUGUAUCGUGUGUGAAUGCCAGUAUGCCAUCAUCCAUAAAUUUUUCAAACACUGUCAAACGAAAGCUCACGAAGAUAGAGUUAGUCAACUGAAAAUGCAACCGUCUGAACUUUACAUCGCGAGAGCAGUUGCAGAAUUCAUGCAGUGUCCUGCGAGUGGAUGUUUUACUUUUGUGUCUGAUUGGAAACAGCUGUUCGAACAUGUGCAGUCAUUUCAUAAGAAAUGAUCCAGGUAAAAAGUAAAUCAUAAUUAGGUAUAUGAAAUCUACCUAAUGGCUAAUGCCUACUUAAUGGGCAGCUCUCAUUUUAUCAUUUUCGUAUUUCACCCGUUUUAAAUUUUUUUAUUAAUUGAUUAUUUUCUCGUUAUUUUAUACUUAUAUAUUCUUACCUACUUAUUUGUAAUCAAUUGACCUCGCCUGAGAAAAGAACGAUUUUACAACAAAAAAUAAUACUCGUAAUUUAGUAUUCUCGGGUAUUCUUCGUUCUUUCAUUGUUUGUCCAUAAAAAACGAUGAUUUUUGAAACAAGUUCUAGAUCGUUUUACUGAAAAAAUUUAGGUAGACUAUACCGUUAUUUUAUUCAUUUAAACUAGAACCGUUUUGUAUGUCUAUUAUUGUGUG